UCUUUACCGAUCAUUAGUACAGAGCUUAAUUGUAAUUUCUCUCUUUCUCUCUCUACUUCGCCGACUCAAUCACAAUUCACACCUAGCACCCCCUCUCCCCUCUCUUUCUCUCUCUCUCUACAAUUCAGUCUUCGAAUUAGUCUUCACACAGUUAGGUUUUGUUUGGGGCUUCUCUUUCCAUGGACGUUCGCUGCUUUCCGUAAUCCUCCGGCGUGUCCCGUCAAUGUCUCUCGUCGAGACCUCGAUCGAUUGCGUCCAUCAACGCCUCGAUCGCCUCUCUUCGAAGCGGAAGUUGGACGAAUAUGGUCCCACCGACGACGACGAUUUCUCAUCGGACUUAGUCUCCGUUAGGAUGAGGAGGGACGAACCCAACGCCGUGAAUUCCACCAAUCAUCUCACUACUCAACUCCACAACAGCCAGAAACAACAACUCUCUCACAUAGAACAUGUCUCCGAUUCCCGAUGGUCCUCGUGCUCUUCCUCAAGAAGAUUGCAAUUCUUUGUCAGAAUGAUUUCAGGAGCUAACACUUUAGUCUUGCAGGCGGAUUCCGAAGAUACAGUGAAAUCGGUGCACGAGCGAAUCCAUUCAAUCACCGGCAUACCAGUGAUCGAGCAGCGAUUGAUUUACCGCGGGAAACAGCUACAGUGGGAGCAAACUUUGGCCGAAUGUUCCAUUCAGAACGACGCCGGGCUUCAAUUGGUGGGUCGGAUGAGGAGUACAGGGCACCCCCAGGCUUGGCAACUGAUUGAUGAGAUGGUAUCGUUGAUUUGUCGUCUGUGUAGGGGCGAAUCGACAGUGUCUCACAAGUACGUCAAGUCGAGGUUAAUGGAGUUCUUUAGGAUGACGCCCAGAAAUGAUACCGAGGCUGCAGCUGGUCAUCUGCAGAUAUUCAUGUCUUCGUGUGCGCCGGCGGCGUUGGUUAUGCUCUAUGUUUCGCCGGUGAAAGGUAACAAAGAGUGUGCUGAUGAAUCGAUUAGGCAAUUUAUUAGUUCGAGCCAGAAUGUGUUGCCAAAACUUGUUCUUUCACAGUGUGCACCUAUAAUGUUAGAAUUUUGUAAAUUACUUGGUAGAACUGCUCAUGAUGACCCUUUGUAUUCCUUGUGCCGGAGUAGCCUUGGGUCCAUGGUGGAGAAGUGUGAUACUAAUAAGGCAUUGAUUGCAGUUCAAGAGAUUUUCCCUUUUGUUAGUGAGCUUGCAGCUAAGUUGUCUAGUGAUUUAGUUUUGAGCAUGGAAUCACCCACGGGUAUAGGGCCGUUACUGAGUGAUGUCUGUGAUUUCACGGCAUUCUUGCUCCCAUUGCGAACUGUGAUCAAGGAGCAAGUCGAUUUAGGGGUUCCCAUCUCACUGCCAAUUGAGGAGGGUGGUUAUAACAUACCUUGUCACAGGGAAGAGAUUAAGUUUCUUCAUGGCAUUUUUACUGAUUUACUGGGAAAAAUGGAACAAUGUCUCCUGAAAAUGGAGGAGUGCUCGACUGUGAAAGAGAAAAGAGAAGACGAACAUUUUCAUCUUGGAUGGUGCCACUAUCUCACUAUUUUGAAGGAACUGAAUAGUAUCUCUAAACUUUAUCAAGGUGCUGAGAAACUAUUCUGGGCAAAAUUAAGGCUUAGAAAGGUUUCAAUAUGUUAUCUUGUAAUUAGGUAUGCUAAGCGGAAUGAUGAUCAUAAAUGGCUUCUUGAGCUAAAGGACGUGACUGAUUUUGAAUCUAGGAGGCAUUUGGCAAUGAUGAUGCUCCCUGAAGUGAAGGACGAAUAUGAGGAGCUGCAUGAGAUGCUCAUUGACAGGUCACAAUUGUUGGCAGAAUCAUUUGAGUACAUCGCACGUUCAGACCCUGAGGGGUUGCGUGGUGGUUUAUUUAUGGAGUUCAAAAAUGAGGAAGCUACAGGUCCAGGUGUAUUGCGGGAGUGGUUUUUCUUGGUAUGCCAAGCAAUUUUCAAUCCACAAAAUGCUCUUUUUGUAGCUUGUCCAAAUGAUCGUCGAAGGUUUUUUCCGAAUCCUGCGUCUAAGGUGGAUCCCUUGCACCUUGAAUAUUUUAGCUUCACUGGCAGAGUAAUUGCGCUAGCAUUGAUGCAUAAAGUUCAAAUUGGCAUUGUUUUGGAUCGUGUGCUUUUCUUGCAAUUGGCUGGACAGUCUGUUUCUUUGGAAGAUAUACGUGAUGCAGAUCCAUGCCUGUAUAGCGGCUGCAAGAAAAUUUUGGACAUGGAUGCUGAGGUAGUAGAUUCAGAUGCUCUAGGUCUAACGUUUGUUCGAGAAGUUGAAGAGUUAGGAUCCAGGAAGGUUGUAGAGCUUUGCCCUGGGGGAAAAAACAUUGCUGUCAAUAGUAGGAACAGGAAGGAGUAUGUUGAUCUUCUUAUUCAGCAUCAUUUUGUCACAUCUAUCAGCGAGCAAGUAACCCACUUUUCACAAGGUUUUGGUGAUAUGCUUUGUGACACAAGGCUCAAAAAAUUCUUUUUCCAAAGUUUAGAGCUUCAGGAUCUUGAUUGGAUGCUGCAUGGGAGUGAAAAGGCUAUUUCUGUCGAAGAUUGGAAAGCAAAUACCGAAUAUAAUGGCUACAAAGAAAGUGAUCAGCAGAUACACUGGUUCUGGAAGAUUGUUGGGGAAAUGUCUGCAGAGCAGAGGAUGGUUCUCCUCUUCUUUUGGACUUCCAUUAAGUAUCUACCGAUAGAGGGUUUUGGUGGUUUGGCCUCUCGGCUUUACAUCUACAAGUCCAACGAGUCCUACGUUCGCUUGCCUUCAUCUCACACAUGCUUCUACCGGUUGUGUUUUCCACCUUAUCCAUCUAUGGCUGUCAUGCGAGAUCGUCUUCACAUUAUCGUCCAGGAACAUGUUGGCUGCAGCUUUGGUACUUGGUGAAAUAAUUACAUCUGCAAUUUUGAGUCAAAAAGUAUGUUUGACUGCACAUAAAAGAUUUGUCUCACCUUGUACAGAUUAUAGGAUAAUGUUGUCAUAUGUUAUGAAACUAUUUAAGAAGGUGCUGUUUGUGUGUUCUUGCUGAAGAUCUUAAUCUCUUUUUUCUUGGCAACUGUGAACUGUUUAUACAGGUGGUAUAGUGUAGUAUAAAUAAGGCAAGAAGGAAGAAAAUUUCCCUCCUUGCAUGGUUUUCCUUCUCUUUUUGAGUAUCUGUUGCUUGGAUGACAUGUAAGGUUGUAGAAAAUUAUUGCUUGACAUGAUGUUAUUUGUGAGAGGUUUAUUUGUGAGUA